AUAUAAUUCAAAAUGGAUCCACAGCAACAAUUUUGUUUAAAAUGGAACAGUUACUCGUCCAAUUUGGCAAUUACAUUUUCCAAUUUAUUCAAAUCGGACGUUUUGGCGGAUGUGACGUUAUCGUGUGAUGGCACAGUAUUCAAAGCACACAAACUCAUAUUGGCAGCCUGUUCGAAGAAGUUCGCCGAACUGUUCGAGAGCACACCAACAAAUGGGCAAUGCGUUGUCAUAUUGGAGGCCACGUCCUCCGACAACAUGGCCGCAUUGCUCGAAUUUAUGUACAAAGGUGAAGUGCAUGUAUCACAAGAGGCUCUAAACAGUUUCCUUAAAUCUGCGGAAAAUCUGCAGGUGAAAGGUCUGUCUACAGAAACUGGCCGUUUGGCCGCUCAACAAGCACAACAACACAUCGAUGCGUCGCCACUAGACUCGCCCACCGGCCGUCGCAGUAUGCGCAACAGCCUGAGUGGUGGUGCGGGUAUCGGUAGUACUGUCAGCGGCAGUCCCCUAACGAGUAUUGGUGGCGGGGUACCGAGUGGUGCUAUCAUUGGAGGCAAUAUGUCCGGCCAAAUGACCGGCAAUUCGGAUCGCAAUAGCAACAGCGGCAAUGGCAACGGUGGCAGCAGUGGUGGCGGUGCUGGUGUCAACCUUAUUAGCGGUCCUGGUAGUGCACACUGCAAUCCCCCAGUUAGCGGGGCAUGUGCAACCGUUGGUGGUGCAGGUAGUUUGGGUAGUGGCGCUGGCGUUGCACACCAUCUGAGCAGUUCAAGUGGUAAUCUUAAACAGGAAUGCGAUUCACUGAUGCAAGGUGGUACCGCAGCAGCGCUGGCCGCCGGUAUACCGCCCUAUGUGCCGCCCAUCUAUCGCCCCAUGUCAUUCGAGCCGCUGCGUAAGCGUGUCCUCCGCAGUCCAUAUGCUGAGCAAGAGGUGCGCGGCAGUGUCUUGCGUGAUGGCUCGAAAAAUUCAUCGUCCGAGUGUGCGAGUCCGAUUAGCAAACCGCCCUAUCAUCGGCCGUCGUCGAGCGCAUCAUCGAAUGCACCCACCGAGGCGGACACAAUGCAAUCGGAGCGAACAUCACCGAGCCGUUACGAAAAUCACAGUCCUGGCGCCACAGCAGGCAAUGGCAAUGCGCCGGGCAGCGCUGUGAAAACGGAACGAAAUAAUGGCAGCACACACGAGGCUAAUGAUGAUGACCGAAGCGAGCACGACGAAUCGAUUGAUAAUGGAGCCGAAGAUCUGCGAGUGAAGUUAGAAAACUCCAACUACUCGCCGCCGCCGCCACAGCCACCUACCUCCAACACAUCUUCCACAACACCAUCCGCCCUGCUCGAAAAUCUUAAGAAUGUCGAAGCUGGGAUGCCAAGCAAUUUGGCCACAUCCAUUGCGCCGGAGGAUAUGUUAAAUGUAUGGAAUGCGACGAAAUUGAAUAAUAAAAAUAGCGGCAUGGUCAACACGGCGGACGGUAAGAAGCUGAAGUGCCUGUACUGUGAUCGCUUGUACGGCUACGAGACAAACCUCCGCGCCCAUAUCCGCCAACGUCAUCAAGGCAUCCGCGUCCAUUGUCCCUUCUGUUCGCGCACUUUCACCCGCAAUAACACCGUGCGCCGACACAUCGCACGCGAACACAAACAGGAGAUCGGCUUGAGUGCAGCCAGUACUGGCAUUGUGCCCGCUUCCGUCGCCGCUGCGGCUGCGGCGGCGGCCGCGAAUCAUUCGCAAUAGGAUGCGGCCGCAACAGCGGCGGCAGCAGUAGUCAUGAGUGCGCAGAAAGCAGCAGCAAAACAACGUAAACGAAAAUCAUUAAAAAUGGCAUUAGAGAAGUGUAUGCAGCGACGCGACGCAGCAGCAAGCAGUGGUGGCAACACCGGUGCAAGCGGUGUCGUCGUCGGCAGCAUCAGCAGCAGCAGUGGCGACAUCACCGGCGAGACAGCAAGCAGCAGCAGCAACGCGAUCGCCAGUGUAGCCACUAUCGGCGUUAUAGCCAGCACGUCGACACGUGCGGCUGAGGAACGCAAACAACAACAGCAACAACUCGCACAGCAGCAAGUCGAGUUGGAACAGAAGAAGCAUCAGCAACAAAAGCAGCGACAGGCGCGGCAAGAGCGGCGACGCAAUAGUACAGCGACUGGUCAUAGUGAGAGCGCCACCGACGCAAUGGUGAAACAUCAGGUGGAGGGAGAGGAGGACGAAGUGGAGGAAGAGGAGGAGGAGAAAGAACCAGAGGCAAAGCGGGAACGGCAGGAGUUGCCAGCAACGGUGGAGAGCACAACCGAGGCGGAUACCUCACUAAUGGAUACAACUGCCAGCAGUAGCGCCACCGCCACUGAUACCUCCACCACCAGCACCACCACCAAUGAACGUCUCAACACCACCACUAGCACCAUCGAUUCAUCAAUUGGUGAGUUGGCCGACAUCGCUGUGGAACGUUUGCGUGCAUCCAGCGAAAUGGAAACGGACGCGGAUGAUGCGCCGCCUGUGGCCAAAGAGCCCAGCAGGGCAAGUGUUGCCGAAGAAAAACCACCAACUGACGCUGAUGCUGAAGCUGAAGAAAAUGCUGUUGAUACAACUUCAACCACAAUAAUAACAACAACGCCGUUAGCUGCACAAACCUCAGCCUCUAGCGAGGCUGAAAACCCCCCACCGGUACAAAUGGAAACCGACGAAGACGACAAAGUCGCGCCCACCACCAAGUCCGAAGCUGCUGCGGACGCUGGCGCGACUGUCACGCAGGUGACCACAACAAAAACAACUACAAUCACAAAUAAUGCCAAUGCCAAUGAUACGACAACAACAACUACAAAUGCUGCUGAAUAAAUGUAGUCGUCGUGUCGUAGUAAAUAACGAGGAGGAGAAGAGAGGAAAGUAGAGGAGAAGUGAAGAUUUUCGUUUACGCGCACUCAAAAGGAGCGCAAAGGUUUCAUGCGCGGCGCGCAAUUUGCCAUUACGCGCGCGCAAGGCGUUUGCUGCUCCAUCUUAAGAACAAGAAAAGGAAGAACAGAGACUACUGUUGCAACCGCUGUUGCACUCGGAUGGAAUAUAUUAAUUUAAAAAAAAAAAAAACAAAAAACAAAAAUGAUAAAAAUUUGUGUUUUACAGAAGACACAACCAGCUGCUGUGAGUUAAUUUAAAUUUACAUUUUAAAGCAAAAUAGAAGAAAACAAGUAAUGUAGGCGCAAGUAGCGCAGAAGGAAAAGGAGAAAGCAAAAACGCAAAAACACGCAGUGAAUCAGCCUGAAAGCAUGCUUCAGUGCAAGCAAUAGAAAUGCCAAUAUUUUUUUUUUUUUGUAACGAAUGCAAGCACACUGAAGAAACAAAUCAAAUCAAGAUUUUAUGAUUUUUUUUUUUAAUUUCUCUUAAUGUAUAGCAAACUCAACUAUGAACUACGCUGUUAUUGCAAUUGAAUUUUUGUUUGUGUAAUAUAACUCUAUUUGCAAUAAAUACAAUAACAAUUAGCAUUAAACUGCUAUUUAGUUGAGAUGCAGAAAAAACAGGC